AUGAAAUUUAUAUUUUGUAUAUUGUGGCAUUUUGUGUGGAUGAGUUUACCAGCCAACGGUAUCAAAAACAUUCUUCUUGGAUUAGGAGAACCAAAUUCACCAGAAUCAUCAAGAAUAAUGAAUACUGAAGACGAAUGGUUCAUACAGAAAUUAGAUCAUUUUAAUCCUACUAACAAUAGAACGUGGAAACAGAGAUAUCAAGUGAAUUUGGACAAUUAUAAAAAUGAUGGACCGGUGUUUUUGAUGAUUGGAGGAGAAGGGGAAAUUUCAGCUAAAUGGAUGCACAGCGGAGCCUGGAUUGAUUACGCUAAAGAAUUUAAUGCCUUAUGUAUUCAACUGGAACAUCGAUAUUAUGGCGAAAGUCACCCUACUGAAGAUAUGAGUACUAGCAAUUUAGUGUACUUGAGCAGUGAUCAAGCAUUAGCUGAUUUGGCAGAAUUCAUUGUUAAUAUCAAAACUAAAUACAGCAUACCGUCUACAGCUAAAUGGAUAGCAUUUGGAGGAUCUUACCCUGGAACUUUAGCUGCAUGGCUAAGAAUGAAAUACCCACAUCUUAUACACGCAGCAGUUUCUUCUAGUGGGCCACUUUUAGCAAAAAUAGAUUUUAAAGAAUAUUUUAUGGUAGUAGAAAAUGCAUUAGCAACAUAUAACCCAGAAUGCGUGUCUCAAAUAAAACAAGCAAAUGAAAUGAUCAACUAUUUGCUUAAAACCGACCAUGGAGCUAAAAUAAUUGAAAAAAAAUUCAAAUUGUGUGAUCCCUUGGACAGAAAAAACGAUAAAGAUGUAUCAUAUUUGUUUGAAAUUUUAGCUGACAAUUUCGCAACAAUUGUACAAUACAACAAAGACAACAGGCAUUAUAAGAAUCCUGAAAGAUCCUCAGUAACAUUAGAAACGUUGUGUGAUAUAAUGGUUAACAAAUCAAUACCAACUCCAUUAGAUAGGUACGCAGCUGUUAACAGUAAACUAUUAUCCUUAAAUGAAGCAAAUUGCCAAGAUAAUAUUUAUUCCCAGUUGAUUGAUUUGUAUUUAAAUACGUCUUGGGAUAGUAGUGCAGCAGGAGGAGGUCGACAAUGGACAUAUCAAACUUGUACAGAGUUUGGAUUUUAUCAGACAUCUAGUCAAGAUGAUCAUGUGUUUGGUCAUAACUUUCCAAUUGACUUUUUUAUUAAUAUGUGCCAAGACAUUUUCGGAAAAUCAUAUAAUUCGGAGCUAUUGACAACUGCAGUCGAACGAACAAAUACAAUGUUCGGUGAAUUGAACAUUAGAGAUAGCCGGGUAAUAUUCGUACACGGUUCGGUUGAUCCAUGGCAUGCAUUAGGUAUUACGCAAGCAAGAACAAAAAAUAACGUGGCAAUUUUUAUUAAUGGGACAUCUCAUUGCGCGAAUAUGUAUCCUCCGGCUUCGUCAGAUCUUCCGGAAUUAACACAAGCUCGGACUACGAUCAGAUCAUAUUUGAAAGAAUGGUUGGCGGAAAAUGAUUUUGUGGAGUCAGCUCAAUAUACAUAG